CUCUAUGCCAGUGAAACAACACUGAAUGCACAAUGCAGUAUGAUCGCGUGAUACACCUGGCCUUGUUGUUGCCUAUUUGGUUUGAAACAGUUCAUGGACGUUAUGGAUUCAUCCUAGCUCUCUGCCGUGUACUUAAUUCACUACAAAAUGUUGAGUUUAUAUACUCACUCAAUUAUGACAAAACAGAACUGCUGAGAUUCAACAGUACUGAGAAUAAAGUUGUUGCUUACACUGAAUAUGCAAUGAAAUGGGCAGAUGAUUUUAAUAAAAAACCUGAGUGGCUACACAAGGAGGCUGAAAAAAUUAUUGCCCACUGCAAGCGCUAUGGUCAGCUAUUCCUCCCGGAGGUAGAAAAAACAGUAAAGCCAGAAGUCAUCGUCCGGACAGUAAGACAAGCGAGUGGUAAAAUUCCAGCCAUGUUGAUCUGCAGUGCCUAUGACUUCUACCCCAAACCCAUCAAACUGACAUGGAUGAGAGAUGAUAAAGAGAUGACAGCUGAUGUGACAUCCACUGAGGAGCUGGCUGAUGGAGACUGGUACUACCAGAUUCACUCCCACCUGGAAUAUUUCCCUAAACCUGGAGAGAAGAUCUCCUGUGUGGUGCAGCACGCCAGCUCCAAUAAACCCAUGAUCUAUGACUUGGGUCCAUCUCUUUCAGAGUCUGACAGGAAUAAGCUUAUAACAGGUGCUGCAGGUCUGGUGUUGGGGCUGAUUAUGGCAGUAGGAGGACUGAUUUACUGUAAACGAAAACACACAGCACUCAUCAUAUCAGCUGGAAGUCAACAACUUGCAUGCUCUGAACCUCUGCAGACACCCAGCAAUGCUGAAGAGUAGUAGAUGAACAGUGAAUAACAGACUGUAUCAGCAUAUGAAAGACACUGAAACCCUCCAUAAGAUCUGCAGUGACAAAAAUGUUUGCCAAAAAGAACCAGUUCAGCUGCAAGUUUUAUUGAUCGAAUUUAGUUUAUUAACUAUAAAUUAACUAACUGAUUAAUUUCAGAUUAACUGCAAGUGAUUGCAAGAUCAAAGAGAGAGAGGUUUUCCUCUGUGGUUUGUUCUAAUUGCUCAUAUUCCUUUUUGCAAAGGUUAAUGAAAAUUAAUAUACAUUUGUAUGUUGAUUCAUCAUCUAUUUCAGGGGUGCUCAACCCUGGUCCUGGGGAUCGACUUUUCUGCAGAGUUCAGCUCCAACCCUGACCAGCUAAUUAGGAUCUCAAGGAGCACUUGAUAAUUACAGACAGGUGUGUUUGAUUAGGGUUGGAACUAAACUCUGCAGGAAAGUCGAUCUCCAGGAACAGGUUUGGGCACCCCUGAUCUAUUUAUUCAAUCUAGGGCGCAUGCUCUGUCAUAGACAUCUGUCACACCCCUGUGGGCUGUUUCUGUGGUUUUUCCCUAUGUAUGCCCUUAUUUGGUCUUUCCUGUUCCGUCUUCAAUUAUUACGUCAUUGUUUAAUCGUUCACACCUGUCUCCCUCUGAUUAGCUUGUGUAUUUAAGGUUGGUUUUGUUCUCCACUGGUUAGUCGGUUCUUAACCUCUUCUAGUGUUAU